GCAAUGAAUCUAUUUGGGGCAGUUCAAAACAUGCAGUAUCAAUGCUGAUGGGAUAAAAUCCAAUAUGAAUGUGAGUGAUGUUGGAGGAAGACGACGCUUUGAGGACAAUGAACACACAUUACAUAUUUAUCCUGGGACAAUUGCAGAAGGGACCAUCUACUGUGCAGUCCCAGCCAGAAAAAACUCAACUGCUGCUGAGGUGAUAGAUGCCCUCAUUAAUAGACUCCAACUUGACAAAACAAAAUGUUAUGUUCUAGCUGAAGUGAAAGAAUUUGGUGGGGAAGAAUGGAUACUCAACCCAACAGACUGUCCGGUUCAGCGAAUGAUGAUGUGGCCACGAAUGGCCUUAGAAAACAAAUUGAGUGGGGAAGAUUAUCGAUUCCUUCUGAGAGAAAAAAAUCUUGAUGGUUCAAUCCACUAUGGCAGUCUUCAGUCAUGGCUCCGUGUUACAGAAGAACGUCGGAGGAUGAUGGAACGAGGUUUCCUUCCUCAGCCACAGCAGAAGGAUUACGAUGAUUUAUGUAGUUUACCGGACUUAAAUGAGAAAACACUUCUAGAAAACCUCCGAAACCGCUUUAAGCAAGAAAAAAUUUAUACCUAUGUUGGUAGCAUCCUGAUAGUUAUUAAUCCAUUUAAGUUUCUCCCUAUUUACAAUCCUAAAUAUGUCAAAAUGUAUGAUAACCAUCAACUGGGAAAGCUUGAACCCCACAUUUAUGCUGUAGCAGAUGUAGCCUAUCAUGCUAUGCUUCAGCGCAGAAAGAAUCAAUGCAUUGUUAUAUCAGGGGAAAGUGGUUCUGGGAAAACACAGAGCACAAACUUUCUCAUUCACCAUCUUACAGCUCUCAGCCAGAAGGGAUUUGCCAGUGGAGUGGAACAGAUAAUUCUUGGAGCUGGACCAGUACUUGAGGCUUUUGGAAAUGCAAAGACAGCACACAAUAACAACUCAAGUCGCUUUGGCAAGUUUAUUCAAGUAAAUUAUCAGGAGACUGGAACUGUCCGGGGAGCUUAUGUUGAAAAAUAUCUGUUGGAGAAAUCUAGAUUAGUCUAUCAAGAACACAAUGAACGGAACUACCAUGUGUUCUAUUACUUACUGGCAGGCGCAAGCGAGGAGGAAAGGGCAGCAUUCCAUCUUAAGCAGCCUGAAGAGUAUCAUUACCUCAACCAGAUGACAAAGAAACCCCUCAGACAGAGCUGGGAUGAUUAUUACUAUGACUCUGAGCUGGACUGCUCCAUUGUUGAUGGAGAGGAUUUGAAGCAUGAUUUUGAACGAUUACAGCUGGCAAUGGAAAUGGUGGGAUUUCUUCCCAAAACUCGUAGACAGAUUUUCUCUCUUCUCUCAGCAAUAUUACAUUUGGGUAAUAUCUGUUACAAAAAGAAGACAUAUCGAGAUGAGUCCAUAGAUAUCUGUAAUCCUGAAGUAUUGCCUAUUGUCUCAGAAUUACUAGAAGUGAAAGAAGAGAUGCUAUUUGAAGCAUUAGUUACCAGGAAGACUGUGACUGUGGGCGAGAAGCUCAUUUUGCCAUAUAAACAGGCAGAGGCUGUAACUGUGAGGAACUCCAUGGCAAAAUCUUUAUAUAGUGCCCUUUUUGACUGGAUAGUUUUUCGAAUUAAUCAUGCACUAUUGAACACCAAGGACUUAGAAGAGAGUACCAAGACAUUGUCCAUUGGAGUACUUGAUAUAUUUGGAUUUGAAGAUUAUGAAAGCAACAGCUUUGAACAAUUUUGUAUUAACUUUGCUAAUGAGCGUUUACAGCACUACUUUAAUCAACAUAUAUUUAAACUGGAGCAGGAGGAAUAUAGAACUGAAGGUAUCAGCUGGCACAACAUAGACUAUAUUGAUAAUAGUGGCUGCAUAAAUCUUAUUAGCAAGAAACCAACAGGACUCCUCCACCUGCUCGAUGAAGAAAGCAAUUUUCCACAGGCUACAAACCAGACACUAUUGGAUAAGUUUAAGCGCCAGCAUGAAGGAAACUCUUAUAUUGAAUUUCCAGCAGUGAUGGAACCUGCCUUUAUCAUAAGACAUUAUGCUGGAAAAGUGAAAUAUGGUGUAAAGGAUUUCCGAGAGAAAAAUACAGACCACAUGCGACCAGAUAUUGUUGCUCUUCUACGAAGUAGCAAGAAUGCCUUUAUUUGUGGAAUGAUAGGAAUUGACCCAGUGGCUGUUUUUCGCUGGGCAGUUCUUCGAGCUUUUUUCAGAGCCCUGAUUGCAUUCAGGGAGGCUGGAAAGAGAUAUAUUCAGAAGAAAAUUGGGAAGGAUGAUGCAGGACCAUGUGCGGUUUUGAAAAGUGUGGAUAGUUUUAGCUUUCUUCAUCACCCAGUCCAUCAAAGGAGCUUAGAGAUUCUUCAGAGAUGCAAGGAGGAGAAGUACAGUAUAACUAGGAAAAGUCCCAGAACACCUCUUUCUGAUCUCCAAGGUGUGAACACUCUUAAUGAGAAAAGCCAACGUGACACUUUUGGCAUUGACUGGAAUGGCAAGACUAGCAUCCGACCGAACAGACUGUCAAGCUGCAGUUCCUUGCUGGACAAAGAUGGAAUAUUUAUUAAUUCAAAUAACAGCAAGCUUCUGGAGAGGGCCCAUGGCAUUCUUAUGAGAAACAAGAACUUUAAACCUAAACCUGUUCUUCCAAAGCAUUUGCUAGAGGUAAAUUCUUUAAAGCACCUGACUAACCUGACCCUGCAGGAUCGCAUCACUAAGUCCCUCCUUCAUCUGCACAAGAAGAAAAAGCCCCCUAGCAUAAGUGCCCAGUUUCAGGUAUCGCUAAACAAAUUGAUGGAAACACUUGGUCAAGCAGAACCAUAUUUUGUCAAGUGCAUUCGGUCUAAUGCUGAAAAGCUUCCUUUAAGAUUCAGUGACCCAUUGGUACUUAGACAGCUGCGGUACACAGGGAUGCUGGAAACAGUUCGAAUUCGUCAGUCAGGAUACAGCUGCAAAUAUUCUUUCCAGGAUUUUGUGGAUCAUUUCCAUGUUCUUCUCCAGCGUGACACUAUUCCUUCAAAAUUUAACAUCCAAGAUUUCUUCAGGAAAAUAAAGUUUAGUCCCAAAAAUUAUCAAGUUGGAAAAACCAUGGUAUUCCUGAAAGAACAAGAGCGCCAACACUUACAGGACUUGCUACAUCAGGAAGUGCUCCAACGGAUUAUACUGCUGCAGCGAUGGUUCCGGGCCAUGCUUUCUAGACAGCAUUUCCUCCAUCUGAGGCAGGCAGUCAUCAUCCUGCAGCGAUCCUGGCGAAAUUAUUUGAGUAGGAAGCACGCUGAAGGCAGAGAUGUCCAGGCUGAUGCUCUGGUUGUGAAUAAUGCAGCAGCUGUUCUCCAAGCUGCUUGGAGGGCUUACUGGGGGAGGCGGCGGUAUCUGCAGAUGCGGACUGCAGCUUCCAUCAUUCAAGAAACGUGGCGGGAGCACUGCAGGCGAAGGCAUGCUGCUGCCACCUGCAUACAGGCAGGAUGGAGAGGCUACUGGAAAAGCAAACUGUACAAGGAACAAAGAAACAAAAUUAUCCUGUUACAGGCAGCGUGCCGAGGAUUCAGAGCCAGGCAAAGAUUUAGAGCUUUGAAAGAACAGAGAUUAAAAGAAACAAAAUUGAAAAAUGGAUUAGCAAUUAAAGAGAAUACUCUAGAGAUUCGGGGUUCAGACCCUUCCAAAUGGGAGGAUGGAUCGUUUGAAGAAAGAAUGAAAUCUGUAGAAGAUUACAAAUUUGUAAUAGAAAAUAAUCGGAUCAGUCAUGCCAAUUCAGUGGACAUAUCUGAGGACUUACCAUGCAGACAACAAGAAAGAGCUAUUAGCCAAAGUAGUGUGGACUUGGAGCAAGAUAUAAUUGUAAGACAGAGACGCAAGUCAUUAGAAGAUCUCAAUCAAAAAAAAGUAGGGCGAGCAAAAAGAGAAAGCCGGAGAAUGCGUGAAUUGGAGCAGGCUAUAUUUAGCUUAAAAUUACUUAAGGUCCGUGGUGGGAUUUCUCCUUCAGAAGAGCAUAGAUGGUCCACAGAACUGAUUUCUGAGGGCCUACGAUCAUCACAAGGAAGCCCUGAGAGUGAAAGUUCUCAGGGAAGCUUAGAACUUUUAAGUUUUGAAGAGAAUCCAAAAAACAAACUAGAUUCAGUGUUUUCAAAUGAGGAGGACGUACAUAUUCUCUCACCUAAGGUACAGAAAACUGUAUCCCAUGAUCCAAAUUUUGAUUUACAAGAAAACACUCCCAUUGUAUCAGAUGAGAAUAGUAAUAUAUUUAUUAGAAAGAGGACACCCUCCAAUUCAGAGUUCUCAGAGAGUGUUGCUGGAAAAGACAAGAAAGGCUGUGAUUCUCAGACCAUUACCUAUAAGCCACAAUUCAGAGAGCCCUUCAUCUCAAAUAGUCUACCAACUUUCUACAUACCACCACAAAAUCCUGCAAAAGUCAGUCUUGAGUUUGGGGUAGGUACUUUGAAAAACUUAGCAUCUGGAAGUGAAGAAAAGUCAGGGACAGCUGUUACUGUGGAUAUAGACAGAGAAAGCAGAAAACACUGCCUGGAAGAAGAUAGGACAGCGGCUAUUGCAUCCAUGAAUGUUGACUUUUCUAAUACUGUGCUUAAGAAGUUGGAAAGGCUGAACAUGGAAAAGGAAGAAAGGCAAAAGCAACUGCAGCAGCAAAAUGAAAAAGAAAUGAUGGAACAGAUUCGCCAGCAGAAGGACAUUCUGGAACGGGAGCGAAAAGCCAUCAAGAAUAUCGAAAUUCCAUGGAAAACAGGAGAGUCUUCCCUGACAAAGUCUGUCAGACCAUCAAAGCAAACAGUUGAAAGGCCACAGUCUCUCCUCAUAAACCCUACAAACAAGGAAGAACAGAAUUUGCCUGGACCUUUUUCAGUAACUAUUAAAGGCCUCACUGUUAGCCCAAAAGGAAGUAUCCCUGAUGAACCAGUUCAAAGGGACCGACCUGUCACAAUGUUCUUUGAAGGUAAAGAAAGCCAAAAACAGCCAGGUAUUCCACAGGUUAGAACUGAGGGUUGGAACACUAAACUGAAUGUAGCUUCCAAGGACCUGCAUUCCCACGAGGGAAGGACCAAAGCUAUUUUCUUCACACCAAAGGACCAUUUGGGUCUCUCACAUUUCAGUAAGGAAUAUUUAAGCCAUGGAAAUAAUCAACUCCACACAAGAGGCGAACCACCUGGGAAGCCUGUGAAAUUUACUGGGCCAGUCAAAGGAGAGGUUGCCAGACCGGCCCAUAAAAAGAAAGCUCGCAUGGCGCGGACGCGCUCCGAUUUCUUGACUAGAGGUACUUUUGCUGAUGGGGAGGGGGAUACAGAGGAAGAUGAUUACGAUGACAUUAUUGAGCCCCUUCUAUCCCCUCACCAAGCUUCUCACCCUGAGCCAGGGCCUUCAGCAAGCCUGGGGCAGGCUUAUCACAGUGACUCGGAAAUGACUUUGCAGCGUUUCACUUCAUCAGAAGGCCAAACAAAGCUCCAUAAAACCAUGUCUCAAGGAGAGAUUACAAAUUUAGCAGCUGUACAGAAGACUUCAGUUGCUGAUGGAAGACCUCAAAGAGCAAAGAUGAGAUUCUGGGCAAAAGGGAAACAAGGAGACAAGAAGCCUUCCAGAGAAAAGCUGGCCCCUCAGGCGGAGUUGUUAGAGUUUUCUGCUGAUCCAGAGUCAGGUGGCAUUGAUAUGUUUCCUGCCCUCCACCAUCCUGAAGAAAUAGGUCCCCAUAAUCCAACACCCCCUAGGAGCCCAGACUUAUCUGGAAAUUGUAAGAAAGAAUUCAAAGAGAACAAAGACCCUUCUCCAAAGGCAAAGCGCAAACGCAGUGUGAAGAUAAGUAAUGUUGCUCUGGAAUCUGCCCAGUGGCAAAAUGACUCUGUCCAAAUAAUAACAAGAGCCAGUGACUUGAAGAGCAUGGAUGAGUUUCUUCUAAAAAAGAUGAAUGAUUUGGAUAAUGAGGACAGCAAGAAGGAUACAUUAGUGGAUGUUGUAUUUAAAAAAGCAUUGAAAGAAUUUCGGCAAAAUAUUUUCAGUUUUUACUCAUCUGCACUGGCAAUGGAUGAUGGAAAAAGCAUUCGGUACAAAGACCUGUAUGCCCUGUUUGAACAGAUUCUAGAGAAGACUAUGAGGCUUGAGCAACGGGAUUGGAGUGAAUCCCCAGUUAAAGUUUGGGUUAACACUUUUAAAGUCUUCCUAGAUGAGUACAUGACUGAAUUCAAGCUUUUGGAUUGCAUUGCCACAAAGGUGCCAAAAACAGAAAGGAAAAAGAGAAGGAAAAAAGAAACUGAUUUUAUGGAAGAACAUAAUGGGCACAUCUUUAAGGCCACCCAGUACAGUAUCCCUACCUACUGUGAGUACUGUUCUUCCCUUAUAUGGAUAAUGGACAGAGCUUCUGUUUGCAAAUUAUGCAAGUAUGCCUGCCACAAAAAGUGCUGCUUGAAAACCACAGCCAAGUGCUCUAAAAAGUAUGAUCCAGAACUUUCUUCUCGACAGUUUGGGGUUGAACUGUCUAGAUUAACCAGUGAAGAACGAACUGUUCCACUAGUGGUAGAGAAACUAAUAAACUACAUUGAAAUGCAUGGAUUAUAUACAGAGGGUAUUUACCGAAAAUCUGGCUCAACUAAUAAAAUCAAGGAGCUUCGCCAAGGUCUAGACACUGAUCUUGACAGUGUAAAUCUAGAUGACUACAACAUUCAUGUCAUUGCCAGUGUGUUCAAACAAUGGCUUCGAGAUUUGCCUAAUCCUCUCAUGACCUUUGAACUCUACGAGGAAUUUCUGAGAGCUAUGGGUCUGCAAGAAAGAAAGGAGACCAUUCAUGGUGUAUAUUCUGUGAUUGAUCAGCUAUCCCGAACACAUCUUAAUACUCUAGAACGCCUUAUCUUUCAUCUGGUCAGGAUUGCACUACAGGAGGAUACCAACCGCAUGUCUGCUAAUGCCUUAGCCAUCGUAUUUGCUCCCUGUAUUCUCCGUUGUCCAGACACAAUUGACCCACUACAGAGCGUGCAGGACAUCAGCAAAACAACGACCUGUGUGGAACUUAUAGUUGUGGAACAGAUGAACAAAUAUAAGGCCCGUCUCAAAGAUAUCAAUAGCCUGGAGUUUGCUGAGAACAAGGCCAAGACCAGGCUGUCCCUGAUCCGACGAUCAAUGGGUAAAGGGCGUAUUCGUAAGGGAAAUCACCCAAAUCCAUCAUCUCCUGUUGCAGUCCGGCUACCCUCCAUGUCUGAAGUUCCAGAAGAAACUGUGACUAAUGAGGAAGCCACAGAGGUGGAUGUCACAGAGCAACAGCAGGCAGCCAUGCAGCAGGAAGAGAGAGUGCUGACUGAGCAGAUUGAAAACUUACAGAAAGAAAAGGAGGAACUAACAUUUGAGAUGCUUGCCUUGGAACCCCGGGCCUCAGAUGAUGAAACACUUGAGUCUGAAGCCUCAAUUGGCACUGCUGAUAGCUCUGAGAAUUUGAACUUUGACUCUGAAGGAGCUUUCUCUGAUAAAUCAGAGAAAAGUUUAGCACUUGGCUCCCUGAAGCCUUCUAAGAUUGAAUCAUCAACUAAGUUGCGAAGGCAGCUGAAAAAACAACAGGAAUCUCUGGAUUCAGUGGACUUUGCCGUUUCCUCUCUGUCUCCGUACAGCGUAGCCUCUUCUCAUGGGACCAGAAAGCGAUUUCAGAUUCAUUCCAAAUCCCCCUUCUACCGAGCUGCUUCAGUUGGCGAGACCCCCGAGUCCCGGCUAGUGGUGGAAGGUUCCCUGUACCAGGCCAGGACCCUGGAGGAUAGGCCUCAGUUCAUUAGCCGAGGCACAUUCAACCCUGAAAAAGGCAAACAAAAACUCAAGAAUGUGAAAAACUCACCCCAGAAAACCAAAGACCUCCCAGAGGGGACAUUAGGGGCAAGUCACAAAAGAAAUGCGGAUCCUGACUGUGGUGCUACCCAGCAACAGAUUCUUUAUGGGAACAGCAAAGAGUUCAUGGUCUGACCCAGCAGGCGCCUGUCCCCUCACCGCCACAGAGUGGUGGCAGCAUCUCAUCUUAGGGUUUUCCCCUGUCAUGACGCUCACUCAUAGCCGUCCAUCCUAGGCACCGUCAUCAGCAACUGUCCCGCCUCCUGCCUGAGCCAAAGCAGCCGCUGCCGGCUUGGAUCCCGGCCUCCCAGGGGGAUAGUGGAAAGGAGGAGCCAGACAGGCUCAGCGAAACCUGCCGGGAAGAGUUGUAGCUGUGGCUUUAGCUGUUCUUAACUUGGGGAAACUCAGAACCUGCCAGGAUUUAUUCUUUGAACAGAUGUCCAAAGAACUGCAGAAGGCUUUCCCAGUUAGCUCUAUGGGGCUUUGCCUUUGCCUCUUCUCCCUUCUCCCCAGCAAUCUACCACCGUCUGAGUCGGAGUGAGCGAUGGGGCGCAAAGGCAGGCAUGGCGGGCCUCUUGGACCAACAGAUGGUUGACCCGCAAGGAAUAGGUCCGUUCUUCUUGACCUCAAACGCAAAGGUUAUAGACUUGGAUAUGCUUGGGAGUACGUAGAGGCUGCAGCUGAUUUAAACUUUCCCAAGGACCUAGAACAAAUGAAUGGAGCUCUUCACUCCAGACUAUUUAUAAUGCACUCCACUUUGUUGUCAAGUGAAAAUCACAAGGCUCUCAUUUCCAUUAAACAAUCAGAGCAUGUCUCACACACUAUAGGGUUAUGCAAUGAAAGAAGAGAUUAUUUUAUUUUAUUUUAUUUUGUUAAGAUGUCAGAAUAACCAAUGCCAGUUUGACUCCUGGUUGGUUUGCGCCAAAUACACAAGUGUGCCGAGUUUUCAAUAGCCAUACAACUCCCGUGUUCCCUGGGCGCAAAGAACCAGGUUCCUUUUUUUUUUUUACAUUUUAUUAGAUCUGUGAUCCUCAGACUUUAAAGCUGCAUCAUAAUCCCUCUUGUGUUGCUCUGUAUCCACUGAUCAUCAAACAAGAGACAGCAUAUUAACAACUCGUUCUGCUGGAAAAUCAUCAGGAAAGUCUCACCCCUACCCCAAAAAGUGUGACUGUUUAAUUAUAUCUUCCAAAACGUUCAUAUGCAAUAGUGCAUGAAUAAAUGUUACAAAAAGCUGCCAAAAGGAAAAUACUAUUUUUUAAAAUGUGACCCAACUAACUUUUCUCUCUUUUUCCUCAGACCAUCAGUAUU